AGGAAUCGAUGUCCUCCGCGCUCGAUUGGCUCGCCUGACCGGCCCUGUCAUGGCGGCGCCCAGGGAGGAGACACGUGGCCUCUUCGGGCAGGGGGUCCGGGCUGUAUUGGGCAGCUGGGCUGCGCUUCAGAUUGCAGUGGAGAAUGGCUUUGGGGGUACCCAUGGGCCCGAGAAGGCAGCAUGGCUGGGGGGUGCCGUGGAGGAGUAUUUCCACAACAACGUGCCCAGCACCUCCUUGAUCCUGGUCUUGACUGGAUCUGGGCUGCCUGGACACCUGGGUUCCAUCCCUCACUCUGCCCUUCCCCCAGCUGACCUGGAGCAGGAUGAGAUCGAGGACUUCCUGGCCAAGGUGCUGGACCGUGAGUUUGACACUGUUGUUGAAGACGGCAGUUUGGCUCAGGUGAGCCAGCAGCUACAGUGGCUGUUUGGGCAGUGCCAGAGUGGGGAGACGGGGUCCGCCCACAAUGCCAUUGCUCGCCUGGCCCAGGCUGCUCCCCAGGCCUGUGUGCUUGCAGCCCAGGCCCAGCCCGAAUCUCAGAGCAGUGAGGAGGAGGAGGAGGAAGAAAUGCCGGAGGCCAUGGAGUGCAGCAGGGCUGAGCCACCCCCCAGCCCUCCACCCACCCCUGAGGAUGGCUGGACCCUAGUCCAGAAGAAGAAGAAGUGAGUGAGGAAAGCAGAGGAGGUGUUUCCUGCUCCCCCCCACCCCCACACACCUCUGGACAUCAUGGACUGUAUGCUGGCAGGUGGUAGAUGGACUGUUUGUGGACUAGGAAGAAGCUGGUGGCCUCCAGCUAACCCCCUCCCUGCCCUCAGCAGAUGGAUGCCUCUGCACUCACCUGGCACCAAGAUGCAGCCAGCUCUGGGGUGGAACAACUGAGUAUAACAUCAUAAAGGAGGGCUGAGAUGCCUGCAGCUCUCAGCUGAGUAUAACACGACAAGGGAGGACAGAGAUGUGGAUAGCUCUGGUGUGGAAUUGCUGAAUGUAACAAAGGAAGCAGGGGAGAUGCAGCCAGUUCUGGGGUAGAAUGGCUGAGUAUAAUGCCAGGAAGAGGACUGACAUGCAGCCAGUUUUGGGGUGGAAUGACUGCGUAUAAGACAAGGGGAAUGGUGGGGGGGAGGGAGAUGUGGCUGACUCUGGGUUGGAAUGGCUGUAUGUAACACCACCAGAGAGGGCAGAGAUAUGACUGGCUCAGGUGGAUAAGCUGGUGAAUGGCUAAGUAUAACAGCAUCCCCCCCCCCACCUGUACAAAGUCCCCUUCCUUCCCUAUGGAAAAAUCCACCUCUGUGUAUUAUUAUGAAUAAAUAAUUACAGUGAUUUGUUAA